AUGUAUGACAUUUUGAAAAUUAAUUUAGGGGGUUACGUCAUAACGGAAAAGUACCGAAUAACCUUCUCUGUGCUCUCUAACUUUAUAUUUUUUAAGCUAUAUUUAAUUUUAAAAAAUUUUUUAAUUUUAAAGAUAUUGUGGCAAUCAUUAAAUCAAAGUUUUAAAACUGUCGAAUUUGGUUCUCCCCCUCCAGCUUUUAUUAUUUUGUGUAAUGCUCUAUUAGGGCACAGAUUUGUCCAAACGUCCAAAUUUUGUAGAACUUGUUCAAUUCCUUCAGCUAAAAAACGUUGUCCAAAGUGUAAAAUUUAUUAUUGCUCAAUCGAAUGUCAACGGUUUGAUUGGCCAUUUCACAAAAAAUGUUGUGAAAAACUUGAGAAAAGACGUGAACAAGAAAAAGAGGAAGAAAUUAAUGAAAUUUAGAG